CCGGCGGGACAGAGCGCAGAGAGCCGCCGCCCGGCCGGGCGUGGAUGGAGGUGGCCGAGCCCGCGCGGCGCCGGCAGUGAACCGCGGAGUGGCCGCCCCUCAGCGGACUCGCCAUGGAGGAGGAGGGCAUCAAGGAGGGCGGCGAGAAGCCUCGGGGAACACGGACUGCAGACAAGGCUGGCUGGAUCAAGAAGAGCAGUGGGGGCCUCCUCGGACUCUGGAAAGACCGCUAUCUGCUCCUCUGUCAGGCCCAGCUGUUGGUCUAUGACAAUGAGGAUGAGCAGAAGUGUGUGGAGACGGUGGAGCUCGGCUGCUAUGAGAAGUGCCAAGAUCUCCGGGCCCUCUUUAAACGAAAACACCGCUUUAUUCUGCUUCGAUCACCAGGAAACAAGGUCAGCGACAUCAAAUUCCAAGCACCCAGCGGGGAGGAAAAGGAGUCCUGGAUCAAAGCUCUCAACGAAGGGAUCAACCGAGGCAAGAACAAGGCUUUUGAUGAGGUAAAGGUGGACAAGACCUGUGCCCUGGAGCACGUGACAAGAGACCGGGUGCGCGGGGGCCAGCGCCGCCGCCCACCUACAAGAGUCCAUCUCAAGGAGGUAGCCAGUGCUGCUUCUGACGGACUUUCGCGCCUGGACCUCGAUGUUCCGGACAGUGGGCCACCAGUGUUUGUCCCCAGCAAUGAUGUCAGGGCCACCCAGCCCCGGGAGAUACCCCGACCCCCCAUGCCUCCUACCAAGCCUUCCCCAGUGCCUGAGACUACCAACCUUGGUGACAACCUUUGUUCUGCGGGGGAAAGAGCCCCAACCCCUGCUCCAGCUAGCUCUGAGGCCCACUCUGAGGGCCGGGAAGACUCAGAGACUCCGGUAGGGGAGGACAGCUCUGAACAGCCCUUCAAAGCGGUCCUGCCUGACAAACAGAAGGUGAGCUGGGAGAACCCCAGCCCUCAGGAGCCUUUUGACCAUGAAAGUGCAGCCCCAUCCCAUGGGCUCUGUUCUGACACAGCUGAGGCCGCACCCAAAGAGAGUGGGAAACCGCCUACGCCCCCACCCAAGAUCUUAUCGGAUAAACUGAGAGCCUCCAUUAGGGGGAUGGAGGCUUCUGGACCAGCGCCAAGAACCAGGACCUCUGAGACCUCUGCCCUGAGCCCAGCGCAGGUCUCAGUGAAUGGUGUAGAUGAUGCUCCCGAGACUGCCAAGCCAUCCCAGGCUACGGGCACCCCAGGAACUCCCCCAGAAGAUGCAGAAAAGUCCACAGCACUGCCCUUCCGGGACAUGCCACCUCGGUUCCGUCCCCGCUGCUCCUCUCUGGGAGACCUACUUGGGAAAAGCCCUCGGCGUCCACGGCAGACUGGGGAACAACUGUACCGGGCCCACCUGGAGGUGAAGGUCGCCUCGGAGCAUACAGAGAAACUUUUGAACAAGGUGCUGGGCAGUGAGCCGGCUCCUGUGAAUGCUGAAACGUUGCUCAGCCAGGCUGUGGAGCAGUUAAGGCAGGCCACCCAGGCCCUGCAGGAAAUCAGAGAUCGGGGAGAGCUGGGCCAGGAAGCACCUGGACUUCGGGAGAAGAGGAAGGAGCUGGUGACUCUGUACCGGAGAAGCGCACCCUAGGGUCUGCUGGGCCAGAGCAAGGCCCUCCUGGCCUUCCUAGUCCUUCAAGGCCCAGCCCUGCUGACAAAUGCGCUUCUGCUCAGGCUGUAGAAGGGCUGGCCAGCACAUGUGGGUUGGACCUGCAGAGACUCCUGGUAGCCUGCCCGGCACUGCCAGGUGCCUCCGUCUGGCAAUCUGGCCCAGCCUCUGCGCUCUGAGCUUGGGCUGGCAGCACACGCUCCAACCUCUGUGCUUUCGUGGUUGCUCCAGACUGCCCCAGGGCUUUGGCAUAGUGCUUGGGGUUUCUGGAGGGGGGUGUCAUCUCCGUUUUCCACCCCCAGUAGUUUACAUUCCUGACUUCUGAAUAGAGCACAGCUGAGCCCACCUGCAGCCUCCAUGUCUACGUAUUCCCAGGCAGAGAACUUCAAAGUCAGCUGCUCUCCCACCUACCUGUGCUGAGUAGCAGCUGACACAAUAGGUUCAGUUGAAUGAGACCUGGAACCCAGAAGGCCUCGUACAACAGGUGGAGGCAUCUGUGAGAAAGCCAUUUGCUGUGUGUUCCCUCUCUGAGCCUGUUUCCCAUCAUGCAAACGAAGACGUGUCCUGUAGCCCUUCCCCUCUGGUGGAUGUGAUUGGAAGGACUUGCAGAAUCUGCUAGUCGAGUUCCCACCCCUGAAAUAGUUUGUGUCAGCCUUAGGCGUCCGUCCGUCCGUCCGUGCAGAGGAGACCCGCAGAACGCCGACUGGUGUUAACACCAGAAAACACUGUGCGUAGCUCAUUCUAAACCAAGCUUCAGGAAAGAGGCUCUCCGCUUCUGUGCCUCCCUCCAUGGGUGGUUCCUCCUCAACCCAUUAGGUUCAGGAUCCCGGUCACUUCUUCAAAUGCUGAUGGGGAUGUUGGAGUUUGAAACGACUUCCCUCUGCCUUCUUCCCCCACCCCUGGCUCCAGUCCUGAUGGCUGUUCCGCCCGAACUUCCCAGUGGAAGGGAGCGUGUUCUGUGCCUUUCCUGGUCCAUGCCUGCACCCUGGGCCUGCCCCUCCCUGCCCUUCACCAUUGUCCUCAGCUCUGGGAGCACGGCCAGUCUCCAUCCUGCUGUGGCUGCGGGGCUGGGGGCCAGGACCUGUAGGUGCAGAGGCUCUGAAGGUCAUAGCCAUUCUCUCUGGGGCCUGUGGGAGAGGGAGCAGCCUCUAAGGGCCUGCCCAGGGCAUUUCUGCAUGUGCACUUUUGUUUACUGAAGGAGGGGGAAGCAGGGUCACAACUGCACAUUUUGGCCUUUUUGCACACCACGCCGUCCCCGAACACGAGUCCUGCCCACGACCAGCGCAGGUCCAGGCCUCCUGACUGUACUUUCGCGUUCACUUUGUUCCUGAGGGUAGUGGCCAGCUAUCAGGAGGGGCAGGUGUCCACUCUGUGACCUGUACUGGGCAGCAGUCUGCAGUACUGCAUGGCUUGUGAACUCCUCUUGGCCUCCUCAAACCGCAUCCCUUGGACAAAGUGCUUCAUGCCAUGGUCUGCCUCUCCUUAUCUGUCUCCAGUGUGAGCACGAAUGUCAUUUGCCCUUUCUGUCUCCCUUGGGGUACCCUCCUUCCCAAGCAGCCCUAGCAACCUGUGCUGGCCACAGUUGCUGGUUCAGCCAUUUGCUCCUGGAGACUAUAACCUCAGUUUUCUCUUCUGGUGACCAGGCUGGGCAAGAAUCUAUGGGACCAUGCCAGUCACCUAAUGCCAUUGGUUCCCAUGGAGAACCCCAAGGGGGAAAGCCAGCUUCAGGGGAGGAGGAGUGGGAACAUGGCGGGGCUGCCUUACCUGCCUCCUUGAGGAGGAUGACACUCCAUGUCUUCUGCUUGUGAAGCAUCCAUGCUUCUUGAGGUUUCGCAAUAAAUCACUUUG